AUGGGACGAGAGAGCCAGAAAUCACAGAAGAACCCAAAGCAGAAAGUGGAGAGUCCUAGGAAGGGCAUUUUACGUCAUGAUCCUUCUACAAUUCAUCCUUUCCCAAAUAAUGCAGACCCUGAAAUAGCCAAUGAAACCGUAGAAGAUAAGGAUGCCCGGAAGCUCAGCUUCUGUGCACCAGUGCCGGAUCGAAUCUCAAGAGACAGAGUUUUGGGUCAGAACUGUGGAGGCUUAGUCCAGGGUCCCAAUGGCACCAUUGAGAGUCCAGGGUUUCCCCAUGGUUACCCAAACUAUGCUAACUGCACCUGGAUUAUCAUCACGGGAGAACGCAAUCGGAUACAAUUGUCAUUCCACACCUUUGCUCUUGAAGAAGAUUUUGACAUUUUAUCCGUGUAUGAUGGGCAUCAUCAUUAUACAGUUUUCAGGACACAGUUGUCGGGAUUUCAGCUUCCUUCCUGCAUCGUCAGCACCGGCUCCAUCCUUACUCUGUGGUUCACGACAGACUUCGCCGUGAGUGCCCAGGGCUUCAAAGCUCUGUAUGAAGUUUUACCCAGCCACACAUGUGGAAAUCCUGGAGAAAUACUGAAAGGAGUUCUCCACGGGACAAGAUUCAACAUAGGAGACAAGAUCCGGUAUAGCUGUCUGUCUGGCUACAUCUUGGAAGGUCACGCCAUUCUGACUUGCAUCGUCAGCCCUGGGAAUGGAGCAUCGUGGGACUUCCCAGCCCCAUUUUGCAGAGCUGAGGGGGCCUGUGGAGGGACCUUACGGGGGACGAGCGGCAGCAUCUCCAGCCCCUACUUCCCUUCAGAGUACGAGAACAACGCCGACUGUACGUGGACCAUCCUCGCAGAACCCGGGGACACCAUUGCUUUAGUCUUCACUGACUUUCAACUCGAAGACGGAUAUGACUUCUUAGAGAUCAGCGGCACAGAAGCGCCCUCCAUAUGGCUGACGGGCAUGAACCUCCCUUCUCCUGUUAUCAGUAGCAAGAAUUGGUUACGACUCCAUUUCACAUCCGACAGUAACCAUCGACGGAAAGGAUUUAAUGCUCAGUUUCAAGGGUUUAUUCCUGGAGAUUGCUGGAACCCCAGCCAGUGCUGCCGUGGAGACCCCAGCCCUGGCACCCAGAGCAUGCACAUCACCAGUCACCACCAACACCUGCCUCUGUCCCUUUUACCGCUGGAUCCGGAGGGGCUGCCGAGGACCCCAGUAGCUCUCACUGCCACCACAGAUGUCCUGAAGCUCCUGGCACUAAGGACCACAGGGUUGGCGACAUCACAGAUCACAGCUAUUUGA